AUGCUUUCACUUGGGUUAGCUCCAAAUGCUACGGGGACAUCGUGGACCUUGGUCAUUUCAGAGUGCUUUAAUCCCCGGAAGCAGCUUCAGGCCCUCUGCAAGAAGAACAAGAUUCCCGCUAACAUCACCAACGUUGCCAUGGCUGAAAAUCUCACUGCUAUGGAUAAAGUUGAAGGAUUGGAUGAGAUUUUAAAUCCGAUCGAGGGUGAUGCUGGAACCCCAAAUGUUAAUAUCCGUAUGGCUGGUAGAGCCUCGACUCAAAGGAAAGCACCGAGAGCAGAAGCUGAAGGUUCAAAUGUGAAGGUCUCGGUCUCUGCCAGGCCUCUACGUGGGGCUGGAGCUGGACAAGGAGUGGUGGAGCAAAAGAACAAAGAUGCGAAUGUCCCACCAGGCACACCUGCCGUCAGUGUGAGAAGGGCUACUGCUGUGUCUACUCGCAGAAAGAAAGAGGUUGAGAUGGUAGAAGAAGAUGGUGAUAAGAAGGGGGUUGAAGGACAGCCUUUGGAUGUGCCUAAAACACCUGUUGCAGCUUCCGUCAGUAGGAGAAGAGCUACUGGUCGGUCAGUUCGCUCCACCAAGAAGAUUGAGAACACCGGCGGUACUUCAGUGCAGAGAACAUAUGGCACGAGGAGGUCAGUUAGAUUGUUGGAGAAGGACAUGUCUAAGAUGGGUUUGAUUGACACUGAAGACACUGGAUCUGUCAAAAUUGAUGAUGACGUUUCUCAAGAAUUGAGUAAUAUCUCUCACCAAGUAGAAGACUCGUGUGAUACUGAAAAGGGAUCUAGUUUGCAGAUCGAUUCGGCUAUGGAUACUCAGGAGUUGGAAGUUUGCUCUUUUGAUCUAAAUACUGUAUAUGAAUGCCAAUCACACGAUUCUGUUUCAGAUAUGAAAUUAGUGUCUGUGACAGAAAAUGACACGGUUGUUGAACCACAGGGUUCAGAUGAAGCUGAACGGGAGAAAAUUAACUUCUUGGAGUUGGAGGCUGAACCUAAUGCUUCAGAUGAAGCAGGAUCUGAGCCGUUCCCUGUUCUGGAGGAAACUUGUGAUUCUUCUGAACUAGAAACUGAAAAUAAGGAAUGCGUUGGAGCCCGCCGAGAAAGUUUUCAUUCCGAGCCCUUCACCGAUGCUAUUAUGGAGGUUACUGGCCAAGAAAUCGCAGAUAUGGUACCUGAUAACGUUUCUGUGGAUGUUACUGUUAAAGCAGUUGCUGGUUCGCUUCCUAUGAUAGCUGACUGCAAGAUGGAUGACCAAGUCAGGAAUAAGGGCGGUGAUCAAGAAGAUAAUAACAAUGAUCAAGAUGUAUUAGUUGAGCACAUGGAUGAUAAGGAAGUUAAGAGCAAUGAGCCAGAAGAGGACGAUGAAUAUUUAACUUUGGAAAUAGAAGAAAGUUCUGAGUCAUAUGAUAAAUCUGAUGAUCAAGGAUCUGAUGAAGUGUCAUCUGUACGUGAGGAAAGAAUUGAGGAGUUUACUUGCCAAGAUGCCUCAACUCUGACUGUUGUGCUGGCGGAUGAUGUUUCUGAUGAGGAUGUACCUGCCUCCCUUCCUAUGUCACCUGUUUGCGAUGAUCCAGCGGACAUAAAUGAAUCUGUUGAGUGCAUCACUGGUGAUAGUCAAGUCACCAAUAAGGUUGAUGAUAACCAAGAAAUAAAGGAUGAAACUGAACAUUUGAAUCUGGCUUGUCGCAACGUGACAGAUGAAGAUAACCAAUGUCCUCUUAAUGUUGAUGAGAAAGCUGCUAAUGAAAGUGACUUGAUGACGCUCGGUUCAGAAGGGGUUCUUGAGUUCGAGUCAAUUUCUAAUUUUCCUGGUGAGCUCCAAGAAGAAGUGAAAGAAAAUAAACCAGAGCAGAUGGAAGCAGGGACAGAUAAAGCUCCUGAUGUUACUGAUAUCUGCACUGAAUCUUCUGCAAACGGACAACCCGAAGAAUCUGUGAACUUGGAAGCUGAGCCACUAGCCGAAGAAUCUGAGGAUCCUGUAGCAGGACAUGAAGUUAUGUUGGGAGCUGAUAGAAUGUGUACUCCUCAAGUCCCUCUUGUUCAUCAGCAGGUUUCAGUUGAAUCAGCUUCAGGUGCAUUAGACGGGGAGCUGAGUUGCAAAUCCAACGUACCUGUUGAUGGUGAGGUUGUUUCCGAACAAGUCACUGCCAUUCCAAACCAUGAUACCGUCAUAUUCUCUUCGGAAAAUAUGACGUCCGAUGUUCCGGUUCAAUCAGCUGUUUCUGACCCGUUGAAGGAAAAUGUGCCCUCUGAUGAUCUAAAUAAUAUGAGUAUUGCGGAACUGCGGAGGCGGCUGAAGAUUUUAAUGCUAGAUGGUGAAAAAUCUAACUGCAACAAGACUGAUAUUGUUAAGGAAGUGGAUAAGAAAAGAACAGCACUGCAGAGCCAUGUUUUUUGGUGGGUGCAAAAAAUUCUUGCACUAUGCAUUAUUGUUGAUGAAUCUUCAAAGGAUGGAAGGGAAGGUGUUGAUGACAAUAUAGAAUACCUAAGACGCAUGCAGAGUGCAUCGUAA